AUGAAAACUUACAUACUUUUAUACGGGAAACUUAAUAAUGACUACAAGAAUAGUAAUUGGUACCCUUUUCUGUUAGCUUCGAAAAUUGUAUCUGUUUUGCAUUUAUGGAAUAUAGGAAAGAAAAUACAUGUUCCACCAUCACCAAUUUCAAUGUUGAAUGGUCGCUUACCGCUAUUUCGGCUGGGCGUAUACAGAAACGUACUAUUUCGUUCUCGAUUGGCUAAACUGCCACCCAUAAGGUUUCGAUCUUUAGCCACAACUUCCUCAUCGCAUCUAAUUCCUGUCCAUCACUUAUGCACACGUCCUGCCCCAAUUAGCAACUCGCUACUUUCCCAGUUUGUAAGAUUCAAUUCCACAAAGACGGAACAGGAGUUUCCUCCCCCUCCAUCUGCCUCUGCUUCCAAACAGCCAGCAAAGCCGGCACAUCAGUCUAAAACUGAUGAUUAUAAAGAUAUAAUAAGAUUGUUUAUGUUGGCGAAGCGAGAUUGGAGACUACUUCUUACUGCCAUACUUCUUCUGACCAUAUCAUGCUCUAUAGGAAUGUCUAUUCCUAAAGUCAUAGGUAUUGUCCUAGAUACCCUCAAAACCUCAUCUGGCACCGACUUCUUUGAUUUGAAAAUACCCAUUUUUUCCUUACCUUUAUACGAGUUUCUUUCCUUCUUUACAGUUGCUUUACUAAUCGGCUGUGUUGCCAAUUUCGGUAGAUUUAUUCUAUUGAGAAUAUUAAGUGAGCGUGUUGUCGCACGUCUAAGAGCGCAUGUCAUUAAAAAAACACUUCAUCAAGAUGCUGAAUUCUUUGAUAACCACAAAGUCGGUGACCUGAUUUCUCGUUUGGGGUCUGAUGCAUAUGUUGUUUCCAGAUCAAUGACUCAAAAGGUCUCCGAUGGGGUCAAAGCCCUUAUUUGUGGCGUUGUUGGUGUGGGAAUGAUGUGCUCUUUGUCACCUCAAUUAUCGGUACUAUUGUUGUUCUUUACACCUCCAGUACUUUUCAGCGCUUCUGUGUUUGGGAAACAAAUUAGGAAUACCUCCAAAGAUCUCCAAGAAGCUACGGGMCAAUUGACAAGAGUAGCUGAAGAACAACUAUCUGGUAUUAAGACGGUGCAGUCGUUUGUCGCAGAAGGCAAUGAAUUAUCUAGGUAUAAUGUUGCAAUUAGAGAUAUUUUCCAGGUUGGUAAGACUGCAGCAUUCACAAACGCUAAAUUCUUCACUACCACUAGUCUUUUAGGAGACCUGAGUUUUUUAACCGUUCUUGCAUACGGUUCCUAUCUUGUUUUGCAAUCCCAACUGUCCAUUGGUGACCUAACUGCAUUUAUGCUGUAUACAGAAUAUACAGGAAAUGCAGUAUUUGGUCUGUCUACUUUUUACUCAGAGAUUAUGCAAGGUGCUGGUGCUGCUUCCAGACUAUUUGAAUUAACAGAUAGGAAGCCCUCUAUUUCUCCAACGGUUGGUCACAAAUACGAACCAGGCCGUGGUGUCAUCGAAUUCAAAGACGUUUCAUUUAGCUAUCCCACAAGGCCCUCAGUUCWAAUCUUCAAGAGCUUGAAUUUCAAAAUCGCACCAGGUUCGAGCGUUUGCAUCGUGGGUCCCUCUGGACGUGGUAAAUCUACCAUAGCGCUCUUACUGCUAAGAUACUAUAAUCCUACAACGGGUACCAUUAUGAUAGACAAUCAAGAUAUCACUCAAAUGAACUGCAAAUCCUUAAGAAGGCAUAUUGGCAUAGUACAGCAGGAGCCCGUGCUUAUGUCGGGAACUAUUCGAGAUAACAUCACUUAUGGCUUAACAUAUACCCCAACAAAGGAAGAGAUUAGAUCUGUGGCCAAGCAAUGCUUUUGUCAUAAUUUUAUUACAAAAUUUCCUAACACAUACGAUACAGUCAUCGGUCCAAAUGGUACCUUGUUAAGUGGUGGGCAAAAGCAAAGGAUCGCUAUUGCAAGAGCGUUAAUCAAAAAGCCAACCGUUUUAAUCCUUGAUGAAGCCACAUCGGCUUUGGAUGUUGAGAGUGAAGGUGCUAUAAACUAUACGUUUGGUCAAUUAAUGAAAUCAAAAUCGAUGACUAUAGUCAGUAUUGCCCAUAGGUUGAGCACUAUCAGGAGGUCUGAAAACGUUAUUGUUCUCGGGCAUGAGGGAUCGGUAGUGGAAAUGGGCAAAUUUAAAGAGUUGUAUUCAAAUCCGACAAGUGCUUUAUCACAAUUGCUCAAUGAAAGAACUGGCCCAGCACCAUCAGAACAGCAGCAGCAGGUAGAAAAAGACAACGAAAAAGAAGAGCCAAACGAAGAUAAGAAUUAUGACCAACGAAACGAAAGCGAUGAUGGUAACAAUAAUGAUAAUGACAGCAAUAACGAACCUUUGGAGUCAAAGGACAAAAAUUCUGGUGAUAUUGAAGAAUCCGUUGAACAUGUCCUGAAAGACGCGGCAAAGGAGGCAAAUCCAAUUAAACUCUCACAACAACCAUGA